CAUCAAAUAAAUUAAAAUUCUCAUGUCAAUUGACUCACUUGGCAGAAAGAAACCUGCACCCUGUGAGAAGAGAGAAGAUGGGAGAAGAGUUCAGAAGGUGUGGAAAGAGACAGGUGGAAGAGGCACCGGACAGUAUACUAAAAUGUGAAUAUCAACACCAUCGACUGCCCCACUUCCUAACAAAUCCAGAUUAUAAUUUUCUCAAUUUGGGAAUGAGAGCUGUUCCACAUCAAAUCAGAGUGGUAUUUACAGUUAAUCCCUUCCGACCAUCCAAGGGAAAGAACAAUUUUCCUAAAGAAAUAUCAAAUGGAUGUGCGAGGAAAGAGGAGGAAGAGCUGUUCACACCACGUAUUUCCAGAUCACCUUAGAGAAAAAUAUAGCUCAUGCUCAACAAUAUUUUUAGACAACAGCACAAUUUGCCAGCCCGAGACGAGAAUCAGUGUGCAAUGCCUGGUAUUUGCAAUAUAUUACCACAUCAAGAAAAGAGGUGGAAAUAGAUCCAAGGACAUUUUUGAUGAAAGGCUGCACCCGCUGACACAGGAAGCGGUUCCAGAGGAAAACUUUGAUCAUAAUCCUGAUCCUGAAACUAUUUAUGGAUUCAUUCGGCCUUUUUUCAGUGCCCUAGAGCUAACAGCUGAAUUUUCAAUAACAACUUUGAUUUACUUAGAAAGACUUAUAGUUUAUGCUGAGAUCGACAUUUGCCCCACGAACUGGAGGAGAAUUGUUUUGGGAGCCAUCCUUCUUGCUGCCAAGUAUGUGGAUGACCUGGCUGUAUGGAAUAUGGACUUUUGCCGAAUCCACCAGGGCAUCACACUCAAGGACAUAAAUGAGCUGGAGACGCAGUAUUUAUUUCUACUCCGGUUUCGUCUGCACGUCUCUGCCAGUGUCUAUGCCAAAUAUUAUUUUGACCUUCGGUCCCUAGCGAGUGACCACAAAUUGCCUAAUGAGUUUGCUUGUCUGCGAAAAGAAAGAGCACAGGCCCUGGAGGCCAUUUCCAGAUAUUGUGAAAACAAAAGCCUGUGCAGGGCGGCUGUAAGAAAACCCCGCAGCUGCGAUAACUUUAGUGCUGCGCAGCGGGCCAGUGCCAUCUUAUCUUAAAUGAGGAGUGAGGGGCUGGGACAUGGUGAGCCCCUCAUGUGCCACGAAUGGAGAAAUGUCACCGCUCCUGCUCAGACCCAGCUAAGUGAUUUCCUUUUAGGGGAGAAAUGAGGGGAAUUAACAUGGUCAGCUUCUCAUCUACAGUAACAAGGGCUGUGGAAAUACCAAGGUGCCUCUUCCAGCAAGUUUAGUAUUUCCUCUUAAAACAGAAAUGAAAAUUUUCAACAUCAUGAGGAACUUUUUAGCCUAAGCUUAAUUCAUGACCCUUAGUAUUUUUCAUUUCCCUUUUGAUUAUUUUAACUACUAGAGGAUAUUACAUUUGUUUAUUUUUGCUUUCAAUUUUUGGAGAAAUGGGAAAUUUGUAUCUUAAACUUUUCAAAAUUUCUUGUUUACCACCUACAUAGCGUUCUCUUUUGAGCUUUGAUGUUCCCAUUUAGAAAGCUUAAAGUACCUAUUUCUAUAUACUAUAGUUACAAAUGCUUUAAUGUUUACUUUGAUAUUGGGGUGAGGGCCUUUUUGGACAUCAGAAAUUUCUUAAAUAUUUUUUGUUGCUCCCUAGUUCAAAAUGGGCACUUUUUUUUCAUUAUGUGUUAUUUCCUUUCCUCCUAAACUUUUUAGACAUUGUUAGUGUAUAUGAAUUACUUUAAAGUAAUUUUAAUUAUCAGUUUUAAUUUCAGUUUUUUAGACUUUGAAAACUUUACUUUUUU